AGCAGCGGACUUGGGUUGAGGUUCCCGGGCGGGCGGGCGCGGAGAGACGCGGGAAGCAGGGGCUGGGCGGGGGUCGCGGCGCCGCAGCUAGCGCAGCCAGCCCCAGGGCCCGCCGCCGCUGCCGCCCAGCGCGCUCCGGGGCCGCGGGCCGUCGCCAGCACCCGCCGCGCCGCAGCUCCGGGACCGGCCCCGGCCGCCGCCGCCGCGAUGGGCAACGCCGCCGCCGCCAAGAAGGGCAGCGAGCAGGAGAGCGUGAAAGAAUUCUUAGCCAAAGCCAAAGAAGAUUUUCUUAAGAAAUGGGAAAAUCCCGCUCAGAAUACAGCCCAUUUGGAUCACUUUGAACGAAUCAAGACCCUCGGCACAGGCUCCUUUGGCCGGGUGAUGCUGGUGAGACACAAGGAGACGGGGAACCACUAUGCCAUGAAGAUCCUUGACAAACAGAAGGUGGUGAAGCUGAAACAAAUAGAGCACACCCUGAAUGAAAAGCGCAUCCUGCAAGCAGUCAACUUUCCGUUCCUCGUGAGACUUGAGUUCUCCUUCAAGGACAAUUCAAACUUAUACAUGGUCAUGGAAUAUGUUCCCGGUGGGGAGAUGUUCUCACACCUACGGCGGAUUGGAAGGUUUAGCGAGCCUCAUGCCCGUUUCUACGCGGCCCAGAUUGUCCUGACCUUCGAAUACCUACACUCGCUUGAUCUCAUCUACCGGGACCUGAAGCCAGAGAACCUCCUCAUCGACCAGCAGGGCUAUAUUCAGGUGACAGACUUCGGUUUCGCCAAGCGUGUGAAGGGCCGCACCUGGACCUUGUGUGGGACCCCUGAGUACCUGGCCCCUGAGAUUAUCCUGAGCAAAGGUUACAAUAAGGCUGUGGACUGGUGGGCCCUGGGGGUUCUCAUCUAUGAGAUGGCUGCUGGCUACCCGCCCUUCUUCGCUGACCAACCCAUCCAGAUCUAUGAGAAGAUCGUCUCUGGGAAGGUGCGGUUCCCUUCCCACUUCAGUUCUGACUUGAAGGACCUACUGCGGAACCUCCUGCAGGUGGAUCUCACCAAGCGCUUUGGGAACCUCAAGAAUGGGGUCAAUGAUAUCAAGAACCACAAGUGGUUUGCCACGACUGACUGGAUCGCCAUCUACCAGAGGAAGGUGGAAGCUCCCUUCAUACCAAAGUUUAAAGGCCCUGGUGAUACGAGUAACUUUGAUGACUAUGAGGAGGAAGAGAUCCGGGUCUCCAUCAAUGAGAAGUGUGGCAAGGAGUUUUCUGAGUUUUAGGGGUGUGCCUGUGCCCCCAUGGGUUUUUUUUCUUUUUUUUUUUUUCUUUUUUUGUGGGGGGGUGGGAGGGUUGGAUUGAACAGCCAGAGGGCCCCAGAGUUCCUUGCAUCUUAUUUCACCCCCACCCCACCCUCCAGGGUAAGGGGAGCAGAAAGCCCAGAUAUUUGGAGGGACAGAAAACACCAGCUGCUCCCCUUCUCUCCUUCACCCUCCUAAACAUUCUACCACUUUUCCCUUCCUCCUCCCCUGUGACCCCAUCCCACCCUCAGUUCACUUCUGCCUGUUUUAAUGAGUUUCUUAGCUCCAGUCAGACCAGGUUUUGCUGGUGUAUCCAGGGACAGGCUGUGGAAAGAGGGGCCCAAACAUAACCUAUAGCCCCCCACACACACACCCCACCACAUCACAGGCACCACUCUCUAAGAGCAAAUGAAGGAAAAGCCAACAACCUUCCCUUCAGAGCCAUCCUGCCUGGGAAGGAGAGAUUUUAGUGACAUGUUCAGUGAGCUGCUUGCUAGAAUUUUUUUUAAAAAAACAAUUUAAAAUCUUAUUUAAGUUCCACCAGUGCCUCCCUCCCUUUUUCCUCUACCCUCAUCCCUCCCACUUACCCACCCCCAAUCCACAAGUCCAUUUUAACAAGGCUGAGAAGCAGAUUGACUUUGUCAAGGGAAGUGCUGGGGUUCAACCUCUGCCCUGAGCUGCUAAUCCCCCCUGCCCCCUUUUGGGGUGGUAGGGGGGCCUCUGCCAAUCCUGCAAGGAUCUCAGCCCCUUUAGGAACCCUACUCUCUUCCACAACAGACCUUUUCUUCACUCUUGGGCUUGGGAGCCAGACAAAGCACCUGCCCCUCUCCCUGCCAAAGAGGAGCCACCCCCCCAAAAGAGGGGGAGCCCCAUACCCAGAGUCUUUCCUCCCAGCAGCACUUCCCCCAAACUCUUUAAUAAAUUUUCUCAGCUAGAUCUUAAUGCCCAGCCUCCUCUCAAGUUGGAAGGGCACCCCUGCAAAAGGACAUGGAAGAUGCAAAGUCUCCCUCCCCCAACCCCCUCCCUGUGGCCCAGGGUUCAAGGCCAGGGUUGUUGGAGACGGACUGCCUGUUUUAUUCACCCAGCUGCUUCCGUCCCCCAUCAUGGGCCCCCCAAUCCUGGGUGCCCUUCCUCUAGUUUAGCUGUCAGCUGUCCAUCACCUCUUCUUCCACCCGUCUUUGAUUUGUGCUUUUUUCUCUUAAUAGAAAAGUGGGGAGCCACCCCAUUCAUCCUCCUAUUUGUCCCUCUCAUAACUUCUCCCCAUCCCAGGAGGAGCUCUCAGGCCUGGGGUGGGGCUCCGGGUGGUCGCGGGGGUGAUUCAACCUGUGUGCUGCGAAGGACAAGACUUCCUCUUGAACAGUGUGCUGUUGUAAACAUAUUUGAAAACUAUUACCAAUAAAGUUUUGUUUAAAAAAAAA